GGUCAUUUUAUCCCAUCCUCCAUCUUAUAUCACUCAGUCCCAUCUUCUUUUCUCAUCCCCGUUCCUUCUCCUCUCCAUAUCCUUCCCAAAAUCUCCACUUUAGAGAGAGAAGACUUUUAGAGAGAGGAAACGCGAAGCAUCCAACGACCCGGGGCUCAAGACCAGCAAUGGCGGUGCGAAGCAGCCUUCUUUCCCACUUCUUCCUCCUCCUCGCCGCCUCCAUCGCUCUGCUCGCCGCCACUUCCGAGGCGGUCUCCGCCUCCGCCGCCGGGUCGAUCGGCGGCGGCGCGGCCGAGCUGGGUUGGAUCCCUGGCCAGACGGCGUGCCGGGGGACGGUCGCGGAGUGCAUCGCCGGCGACGAGUUCGAUUUCGAGUCGGAGAUCAGCCGCCGGAUCCUGGCUUCCUGGCGCUACAUCAGCUAUAACGCGCUGCGACGCGACAGCGUCCCUUGCUCUCGCCGCGGCGCCUCGUACUACAACUGCCGCCCCGGCGCCUACGCCAACCCCUACCACCGCGGCUGCUCCGCCAUCACCCGGUGCCGGCGUUAGGGCUCUCCUUCUUCUCCUCCUCCUCCUCCCCCUUAUCUCUACUCUAUUUUAUCUCUUUUCCCCUUUUUUUUUCAAGUUCAAAAUCGAUUAUAUUGGGUUCUGUUUGAGUGUGUACUUGGAAAUUGAUACAUUGUUGUUUGUUAUUAUACAUGGAAUAUUAUUGAUGCUUGGUAGCCAAUA